AAUGACGAUAGUCCAGUGACGGAUAGUGUUUCACCGGGGAACGUUCCUGCUACAAUUCUCUCGGUGUCGAAAGUGGGUAAAUACGCUGGAUUACGCGAUGAUUAAUCAUAAUCAUCGGAUUAAAGCAAACUGAAGCGAUACCCGUUACACACAGGUGAUAAGAUUCUUUUCUCAUUUUACGUAACGAUGACGAAUGACUCGAGGGGGAAAGUUUUGGAAAUUGUUCGUUCGAAUCGGACGGAAUCGUUGGAGACUAUCGAUCUCGGCCAAGAACGAGAACAGAACGAUUAUGUAUCGGGUUAAAUAUCCGCCUCCCCACCGCCACUUUUAUCGCUGGACGGAUUAUUACGUGGAUCUGAGAAUGAAAAAAUUCUUUUCUCACCAACGUCUUCCACUACUUUUCAACUACUUUUCAGCGAUGUGAACUCUCGAGAUAUCGAUUUCGUGGUGUGAGAGAGGAAGCGAGAGGAGAGCGACGCCGGCGCCAGAUCCGAUCGACGUAACACACCGCCUAGGAACGACUUUCCACGUGCACGAGCUUCGCUCACCAUGAGGCCUUGGACCAACAAGUCCCUCGGCCUUGGUUUUCUCGGCUUACUUCUCAUCGUGUCGGGCCUUGUUUUCUAUUUCACUUCGCCCGCCAUUUUUCAUUACAUUCUUCAAAAGGAGAUACCGUUAACCACAACAUCGAAAGCGUUCGAAGUGUGGAACGACACGAGCGCCCUCCCGCCCAUGUAUUUUAAAAUUCGUUUCUUCAAUUGGACUAAUCCAGAGGAGCUGCGCAUGCCUGGCAAGAAGCCCAAUUUCGUCGAGCUCGGCCCUUACGUGUUUCGAGAGAUUAGGCAAAAAGCAGACGUGGUAUUCCAUCCUGAGAAUCACACGGUCAGUUAUUUCAACCGUCGGUGGUGGUUCUUCGUGCCGGAGCUUACGAACGGUUCCCUGAACGAUCGCGUCACGCAACUGAAUACCGUGGCGAUCUCAGCGAAACACAAGGUGCGGUAUUGGGCCGACACGUUGCAAAGCACCCUCUCGUUGAUGCUCGCCACGUCGAACGUGCACAUAACGAAGACGGUGGACGAGCUGUUGUUCCGCGGUUACGACGACUCGUUGAUCGAAAUUGGAAGAAUGGCGGCCAUAGCGGACGACAUACCACCGUUCGACAAAUUCGGAUGGUUUUACAUGAGGAACGGCUCUACGACGUUCGAUGGCCACUUCAACAUGGACACGGGCACCGAUAACGUGGCCAACUUCGGCCAAGUGAAGAAAUGGAAUUAUCGAGACACGAGCAAAUUGUUCAACAGCCCGUGCAACGUGGUCGAGGGAAGCGCGGGAGAGUUUUGGCCGCCGUACAGAGAGAAGGACGAGAUCGUUUUGUUCAGCGGCGAUCUGUGCAGACCGUUGACGUACGAGUACGCGCAGACGAGUUACCACAUGGGAUUGGAGGGAUAUCGUUACGUGCUAGGCGAGAAAACGUUGGGAAACAACACGAAGCGACGCUAUCCCCACGAACAGGCCAAGUAUUUCGAGCAGACAACCACCACCGAGGACUUUUUCGAUGCCGAACACUCGACCGAGACCACCGAACCUCCGGAACAGGAUCCGGACGUGGUGAACAUAGGCAACUGUUUCUGCAACGGGAGAUGCAGUCCUGCCGGUUUGAUGAACGUCAGCUCGUGCCGACACGGAGCUCCUGUAUUCGCCAGCCUGCCCUAUUUUAACAGAGGCGAGCCGAGCCUCAGGGAACGGAUAACCGGACUCCUCGAGCCCAACGAGGAAUACGAUUCCUACAUAAUUCUCGAACCGACAACGGGCAUUCCUCUCAAGGUUUCAGCCAAGUUUCAGAUCAAUAUACUGCUAGAACCGUCAAAGACAGUGACACUGUACAAGUCCGUGCCGACCAUUUACUUUCCGGUGAUGUGGUUCUCGUUGGAGGUCGAAGCGACCGAGAAGUUCGUCAACGAUUUGAAGAAAUUUCUGUCCUUGCCCAACGUAUGCGUGUACACAGGCGUGAUUAUGAUCCUCGUCGGAUCGCUGAUAAUCCUAACAAUGGUUAUAUUGUACCUGUUAAACAGGCAACGCGCCACUUCGAUAGCUAUCGACAAGAGCGUGAAGCAAGAGAUGGCAUCGGCGAAGAAAUCGGAACUGGUUUACUUGGACAAGAAUAACACGGGCGACGACGUGCACGUGAGAAACGAUCGGAAGUUGUAUCCCAACUCGAUCGAGUGUUUUAACAUGGAUCUACAAUCGAAGCUGAACACUCAAAAAUAGAAAUAGGGAAAAGGAAACGUGCAUCGAUCGGAUAUAUCCAUGCUCGAUAGAUGCCAAUUGACGAUCGAAGGAUUCUCUCUUUCGAACCGUGCGUUGUUUCAACGCUACGUUUGGCUAUGCGAAUUAAGCGAAGAUUCUUGUGCGACGAGUUUUGAUAUAUACACACAUAUAUAUAUAUCAAAAUAUAGGGAAGUAGAGAAAAGGAAAUUUUUUUUUUUUAACUUGUUACACGAGGAUCAUCAUUACACUUUAGGUUGACGUUUCAACCGGAUUUUGUAUCGAAUUUAGAAUCGUAGGCAAAAUUAAUUAAUGUCUAUAUAACAGAAAGAUAUGGACGUGUAUAAUCGGAUGCGAAGAAUCUUUCGCGUUUUUCAAUCAAUUUUGACGAUAAAAAUGCAGUAUCUCUCUGCUGAGCAUCCGAAAAUAGUUUGCAUCGAUUCGACGAUAGUAUGUACCUAUCUUUAUUAUCCAAUAAAAAUCAAAUAUAAUUAUGUAUUUGCGACGAGAGCGCGAACGAUGCUUCGAUGAUUUAUUGAUAGAAUUUGAAAUCGGAUAUCGAUUUCAAAAUUGAUUCUGCUCGAGGUUUAACAGCGUGCGUAAUUAUACAUGUAAAUAGAUAGAUAAACGGGACCAAGGAACUCUUAACUCUGCUCAACCGUAAAUAUCGGUUAUACUCGUUUAAGCUACGAUCAAAGAUAACGAGACAUGUCAAUUAGGCCAAACUUUACUUUCACGGCCGUCGUUCAACGAUCGUAUUGGUUGUGUCGUGUGUGUCUACGGUUAGUUAUACGAAUGAAUAAUAAUAUUAUCGCCGAUAUCAAUGUUCCUAUCUACGUUCCAAAUACUACUUUUGUGCCAAACUUAUCGAGAAACCUGUUAAGUUUUUUUACUUGUUCACCACUUGUUCGUAAGAUUGCCAUGAACGCCAACGAUUUAUAUAAAUCAAAACGUGAUACAUAAAUUGCGAGAUUUAAAUCGAUAGUUAGGUAUUAUCGUAUAGAUACAUUAAUGUAACUACAAAAAAAAAUACGUCUGUCCAUUAUAAAACGAUUUUGUAUUGUAUUUUAAUAAAAAAAUCAAAAUUUU